AUGGAUGAUCCACAUAAAUCAAAAGAUACUCCUAAUUCUAGGCGAGAUUUAAUGAACAUGAAUAUUAGACCGGAGUUGCAUCUUUACUCUGAUAAGGGUAAGAUAAUGAAACCACGGGCUCGUUAUACACUUCGGCCGACAAAAAGGAUUGCAUUUUGCAACUGGAACCGAUCUGUGAGAUUUCCAGAUGGAUUUGCAUCAAACCUAAGAAGAUGUGUGCCUCCAAACGAGGGGCGCUUAACAGGAUUAAAAUCUCAUGAUUGUCAUGUCAUAAUGCAGAGAUUGUUACCUGUAGCAGCCCGUGCAUACUUAGAUAAGGAUAUCUCUGAUGCUAUCAUAGAAUUGUGUAACUUCUUCAAAAAAAUGUGUGCCAAAAGUCUCAAUGUUAGUGACCUUAUCUCAGCACAGUCGGAUGUGAUUAUGAUCUUGUGCAAAUUGCAAAGGAUAUUCCCCCCUGCAUUUUUCGAUGUAAUGGUUCAUUUGGUAAUGCAUCUUCCUGAGGAGGCAAUUUUAGGUGGACCUGAACACCUAAGAUGGAUGUUUUCAACUGAGAGAUAUUUAAAGGAGCUGAAAGAAUGUGUUAGAAAUCCGGCUAAACCAGAAGGUUCAAUCGCUGAGGCGUAUAUCUCGAAAGAGGCAAUAACAUUUUGUGCACGUUAUUUCAAUGACGUGGAGACAAAGUUCAAUCGACCACAGAGAAAUCCGAUAUGUGAUGUGAUGGCACAACUUUCAGUAUUCAGAUCACAAUGCAUUCCUAUUGGAGGUCGUAUGAGUGUGGCUCUAGACCCGGAGAAGCAUAAACAUUCACAAUUUUACAUACUCAACAAUUGUCCUGAAAUAGACUCAUUUGUUCAGGAGCAUAAGCAAGAGUUGAUGGAAAGUGGCUUUACAGACUUGGAAUUUCAGCACCGACAACGGUUCUCAGAUUGGUUUUACAAAAAGUGGAGGCGUGUGUUGGCCGUGCGGCUCCUGAGAAGUGUUUCACAAUUUGGGGAUUUCUUCCUUAAGCAUUUGUUUACUUACUUUUGUCUUUUUAUGCCGCCGAAUCUGAUUAUAGAAUCAGCACAACUCACUUCUCCUGAUACCGUUGUUGAUGAGAGAGCUAUUAUGCGGGAAGUAUUUGGUACUCGGCGAGGUCAUGAAUGCGGUUUUGGACGGAUCCUUAAGGGGUCCAAGUCCUCUGCCAUCCAUGAUAUUCCAGAAUCAUCUAUUACUUCAAAUACUGCUAGAAAAGAGACUCAAGGAGCUACCCCAAAUGCUGAAAGUUAUGCCAAUCUACUGAAGGAGACGCUUGCACGGCUAAAGGCUAAGGUUGGGAUUGACGUUGAUGAAGAGGAGGAGACGGAUGCUCAAUUCACUCAUCACGAGAAUGAGAGUGAGCAAUGUUGA